AUGUUAUGGCUUUACAGGAUCAAAAUGGAAAAUCGUCUAAGAGCGAAUGCUACAGAAGGUACGUUUAAAAUUGAUUAUCCAACAUUAGGAGCUGGUGGUCAUUGGACCUUGGUAGAAAACAAAGGUUUGAUGCUGAUGUUUAGAGAAAAAAUUACAUAUGGACAAGGGUGCUCUCAGAAUGAUAUUAUAUCUAUAGCAAAAUUAGGAGAUGGAACAGCACUAUUUCGGGAUUUUGUACAUGACGCAAGUAAUUUGGGUAAUGGGCUGAAUGAUCACGUAGCAUUUGCCACAUUGAUUAAGCAAUGCUGUCCACUUCAUUAA